AUGGAGGAGAUGCAACUGAGUCAACUCGCAGUAACACAUCUGCUUCAACACACAUUAAGAAGCUUUUGCAUUCAUGAAAACUCACAAUGGGUUUAUGCAGUUUUCUGGAGAAUCUUGCCAAGAAACUACCCUCCACCAAAGUGGGAUGGCCUAGCCGGAGCAUAUGAUAGGUCUAGAGGCAACAGAAGAAACUGGAUUUUGGUUUGGGAAGAUGGUUUCUGUAAUUUUGCAGCAUCAACAACAACCGAUGUUAGCACGAGAGAUUGUUCGGUUUAUGCUGAUCACGAAUACCCGCAAUAUCAAGGGCUUCAACCCGAGCUUUUCUUCAAGAUGUCCCAUGAAAUUUAUAACUACGGCGAAGGAUUAAUUGGAAAAGUAGCAGCAGAUCACAGUCAUAAGUGGAUUUUCAAAGAGCCAAAUGAUCAAGAAACCAAUUUCUUGUCUGCUUGGAGUAAUUCAGCUGAUUCACAUCCAAGGACAUGGGAAGCUCAGUUUCAGUCUGGUAUUAAGACCAUUGCUUUGAUUGCUGUUAGAGAAGGAGUCAUUCAGCUAGGAUCCAUUCACAAGGUGAUUGAGGAUUUAAGCUAUGUGGUGCUACUAAGAAAGAAGUUCAGUUACAUAGAAAGCAUUCCAGGGGUACUCUUGCCACACCCAUCUUCCUCAGCGUACCCAUUUAAAGCAGAAGGGUACAACACCUCUGAAGCAUGGCAUUUUCAGAAUGGCAAUUUAUCGAUGGUGCCGCCACCGGAAUAUUGUCACCGCUACAAUUACGAUCACCAACCAUUGAACAUAACUCCAUCAAUGAGCAGCCUUGAAGCUCUCCUUUCAAAACUCCCAUCAGUCGUGCCGGUUUCUUCAUCACCGCCACCGGUUCCACCAUUUUGCGAGGCAGCACCGCCACAGUAUGUGGUGGCAGGGAGUAGGCCGAUGGAGUUUUGGGGGGUGGAGGCAAAGGAGGAGGUUGAGGAAGAAGAUGUGAAGGAGGGUGGAGAGUGUAGCAGUUCAAUGUCUUCUUAUAAUAACCAUGAACAUUUAGGUUAUCAACAUGAUUUGAAUGUAAGCAAUUGCAUGCCCAAUAAUGGGUAUUGAUGAGUAAUUAAGUUGAUAAUUAGGGGUUGAUUGAUAUAUUGGUAGA